CUGCAGACGCGUAUUACACAUAUAAUUAUAGUGCACCUACUACGCCCUUGACGAGUUAGCUCGAACGAGCUACCCCAGACAUUACCCACACAUGCUCAGAGGCCAGCGCUCCAGCCCGGUUCUUCGGGCUGGUCAUCGUUUCUUCGCUUCAGCAGCGGCGCCGAGUCCCGUGGCAGCUGCAGCUGCGCCUCCCAAGGUCAAACUUCUCAUUGAUGGCCAGUUUGUGGACUCAACGACGGAGAACUGGCUCGAUGUGGUCAACCCGGCCAACCAGGACGUGCUGGGCAAGCUGCCUCUGACCACCAAAUCCGAGUUCAAUGCGGCGGUCAAGGCAGCUUCCGACGCCUUCCCCAAGUGGCGUGCCACGCCUGUGCCUACCCGUGUGCGUGUCAUGUUCAAAUUCCAAGAGCUCAUCCGGGCCAACAUGGAGGAGCUGGCCCGCUCGGUUACCAUGGAGCAGGGCAAAACGCUGGCGGACGCACGGGGGGACGUGUUCCGCGGCCUCGAGGUGGUGGAGACGGCGUGCGGCAUCGCGCCGUACAUGACGGGCGAGAUGGUGGAGAACGUGGCGGGCGGCAUCGACUGCUACUCCAUCCGCCAGCCACUGGGGGUGGUUGCUGGCAUCUGCCCCUUCAAUUUCCCCGCCAUGGUGCCGCUGUGGAUGUUCCCGCUGGCCAUCACCGCCGGCAACACCUUCGUGCUCAAGCCCAGCGAGCGCGACCCGGGGGCCGCCGUCAUGCUAGCGGACCUGGCGCAGCAGGCUGGGCUGCCCAAGGGCGUACUUAACAUCGUGCAGGGCAGCCGCGACGUUGUGAACUGGAUCUGCGACGACCCAGCCAUCCGCGCCAUCUCAUUCGUGGGCUCCGACUCAGCCGGAAAGUACAUCUACGCGCGGGGCUGCGCCGCCGGCAAGCGAGUGCAGGCCAACCUGGGCGCGAAGAACCACGCCGUGGUGAUGCCGGACGCCGACGUCGACUCCACCGUCAAGGCGCUGGCGGGCGCCGCCUUUGGCGCCGCCGGGCAGCGCUGCAUGGCCAUCAGCGCGGCCGUGUUUGUGGGCGGCUUCACGGACAAGUGGCGCGAGCCGCUGCUGGAGGCGGCGCGGGGGCUCAAGCUGAACGCGGGCUGGGAGAAGGACGCGGACGUGGGGCCGAUGAUCAGUCCCGAGGCCAAGGCGCGCGCGGAGCGGCUCAUUGCCAGCGGCGCCGCGGCGGGCGCCCAGGUCCUGCUGGACGGCCGUGGCGUGUCCGUGCCGGGUUACGAGCGUGGCAACUUCCUGGGACCCACGCUGCUGGCGGGCGUCACGCCCGACAUGGAGGCCUACCGGGAGGAGAUCUUCGGGCCCGUGCUGUCCUGCAUGGACGCCGCCACCCUGGAUGACGCGCUGGCCAUUGUGAAUGGCAACGAGCACGGCAACGGCACCGCCAUCUUCACACGCAGUGGCGCCGCGGCACGCCGCUUCCAGAACGAGGUGGACGUGGGUAUGGUGGGCAUCAACGUGCCCAUCCCCGUGCCGCUGCCCUUCUUCUCCUUCACCGGCUGGCGCGGCUCCUUCGCGGGUGAUCUGCACAUGUACGGCCGAGCCGGCGUCCAGUUCUACACGCAGACCAAGACCGUCACCGCCAAGUGGCCGGCCGAGGACAUCCGCGGCAUCUCUGCGCCCGCAGCCACCACCAGCAGCAGCAGCGGCAGCAAGAGCUCCUGCGGGCCAAAGGAGCGCCUGCCUGGACUGGAUCGCGUGGGCGCGUCUUGAGGUCGGGAACCUUUCGGGACGAGCGGGCUGGAAGCGGCGGCGGCGAUGGCGGGCGGUGGGAUGAGUGGUGUGCAAGGACAUAAGCUUAUGAAGCGGGCGGGCUUACCAGUACAGUAGCAGAUCACAGGUUUGGGUUUUCUGUCAUUGCAUUCGGUACCGGUACAGGAACGUGUACAUAUUAUGCGUCCCAGGGUGUGCGCUUAUUUAGUGAAUUGCUGGGCCCAGUUGCCAGGUGCACACGCAAUCGGUUGCCGUGUACAGUACAGUGUAUUGCGUUAUAGGCAAGGUUGCACGAGUGGGCUUAGAGACUUAUAACCCGGGAGGCCCCUCGGGCACUGGUUAUUGGCCCAAAAUAUAUCCCGUACUGGUUUGUUACAUGGCUGUUACAUGGCUGACCGCCAGUACAUGGUUGACCGGGCUCGCAGUCCACUAGUCCCCGGCUCGCACAAUAUGGCGGUUGGCGGUUGGUCAACGUUUGACCAACCCGUA